UUUGAUUGCAUCGUCUCUCCUGCUAACUCCUUCGGUCGAUUUGAUGGUGGCUUCGACCAGAUCCUCUCCGAUGUGCUAGCUCCCCCAGACGAUCCGUCUGCCCUCACGCGCACCGCUCAAGCGGUACUAUACCGCCGCUGGCGCGGGUUCGCGCCCCCCGGCACAUGCACGCUUAUCCCCCUCUCAGACACGCCAUGCGCCGCGAAUCCAUUCGCAUGCCGCUUCGUCGCGCUCUGUCCCACCAUGCGCUUCCCCGGCUCCGUCGCGUGGCACAGAGAGCUCGUGUACAACUGCGUCUGGUCCCUGCUCGUCGAGAUCGAUGAGCACAACGCGCGCGCAGCCGCGGACCCGCGGCUCCUGCCCGUCGAAACGGUGGCCAUGACCGGCCUCGCCACGGGCACCGGCUGCAUCUCGGCGAACCAGUGCGCGAAGCACACCGCCCUCGCCUUUGCGCACUACCACGACGCGAAGACGAACCCGCAGAAAUGGUCGGCGAUGACCUGGGGUGAC